UGGUUAUCGAUAAUUAUCUUUUUCUUUCUUGUUUUUCAUUUCUCUGCUUCCUUGUAGAGUUGUGCUGCGUCGCGUAAAAUCCAUUUUACAGCUGUAUAUUGUUUUUGUGAAUGAAAGUGCAUAGUUCAUGAAAAUUUUCAGUGGCGAAACUUUUGAGUAGGGCAGGACAGACAAAGAGUUGGUGGUUUUCGGUGUUUGGAGUGUUGCAGGUGUCGCAUAAAUUGGAGGUUUCAGCGUUUAUGAGAAAUAGGGGGCAUGUUGGAACCUGCAUACCAGUGACGAGACGGCGGAUCUGGGAAAAAUUGAGAGAAAUGGUGAUAGAUUUGGGAGUGAGCAUCUUUUACUGAGAGGUCUGAUUGAAUUAUAGAACCGACUUGAGCCGCAUGUUUGGCGAAGAAAUCUGCGCGCUCAUUUGCAGGGAUGCCAAUAUGUGAGGGAGUCCAGAUAAUGGAUUUGAAUUAUUAUUUGGCACUUUGUUAUUUGGUUCCUCAAAUGGGUUAUCUAUUUCCGAUGAAAGGAGUGAUUGCUGGAAUUUUUUUAAAAUGUUUAAACCUUCGGCACUAUUAAGUGAGAUACUUUUGAAAAGGUAGUAUGGUUGAAGACGGAUUGAGAUGGUGUGAUUUCAAUCGGACUGGCAAUGGCGUGAUGGAUUGGAUUUCGUGGAGACGCAACUUUGCUAUAUUUUAAUUUUGUUACUCUUUUGUUUAUUUCUUCAUAAACGCUUCUUUUUUGUGGUUUGUUUUUAUUAAGAGGGGGAAAGGCAUUGUUAAAUUCAUCAUCAGAAAGGACUUGGAAACGGUUUUGGGAUUCUGGAUAUUUUUGAACAACUUCUUUUCGUGAAAGGUUGGAAAGGGCCAUUAUGCUUCUUAUAUUUCUUUCAGAUUUCCAUCUUGGGCACUGCUUUGAGUCGGUUGCAAAAUGAUCAAUACUAUUACAGAGAAUGCAUCGAGGCGAGUUGCAUAUAUCCUUGCACGUAGUUGUUGAUAAACAUUCUUUACAUUUCUGCUCUUUGGGACAUUGAUUGGGGCAUAGAAUAAAUUUACCACAAUUUAAACAUUUUUUGUCGACCUGCAACGAAUGGCUAUGUGUCCUAACCGUCCGCAGUUUAAACAUAAACGUACAGGGGGGUCAUAUAACUCCGGUGUAAUUUUUGUUCCGCACAUAAGUAUCUCCGUGGGUACACCAUCAUAUAUAAUACCGAUUUUUAUGGUUUCGGAGUCGUCCAUAUCAUUAUUAGCUUCAAUUUGUUGUUUAAUUGUAAUAGCAGAAAUACUUAUUGGUACAUUCUUGAUUAUAUAGAACCGUUGUACAAAACGUUCUGGGAUAAAGGCUUUGAGAUCGAUUUGGUUUAACUUUGGGUUUGUAGCAAAGGAGUUGGCUGAGGUAGCAUUGUUAAAUGUUAUUCUGAAAAUAUUGUAUCCAAUGUUCUUGCAAGCAUAGUCUGUAAUAUUAAUCUUUUGAAAUCUUGCAUACAGGUGAAGUUCACAAUUCUUUCUUCUUGUGCUAAUUGGCGUUUCUGAGGAAACUAACACAUGAAAAGGACCGGGAUGGUAUUGAGGAUAUAAAAUGGUUUCUUUAUUUAGAGAGUUGUAGUUGUGUUGGUCUGCCAUUUCAUUAUUUGAUGUAGGUUCUGUGUUUGUGUUUAUUGGUUUAACAGGUGUUCCAUUUUGGUUUUUGAAAGUUUUAGUUUCUUUGGAAAUGCUUGGAGCUCUUCUUUUAUUUUGUUCCCCCGGGGGAGGAGGUGGAAUAGGCGGAGGAGGAGGUUCCCCUACUCCCCCCAUUUUUUAGUUAAUGAAGGAUUAUUUUAACUUUUGUAAAAAAAAUUUGCAAAAGCAGGGAAAAGUAAAAAAACUCAAAUUUGUUUAUGUUUGUGUGUGUGAAUGCGUUGUUUGUAUAUUUGUUGUAGGUAGACGCAUCGACACAGCUGCUGGGACACUAAUUGCUGUCAACACUGGGCUGCUGUCAAACUAAUUUUGGAAUAGAAAAUGUUGAAUGAAAAUUGUGAAAUCGAAAAUUCUUGAAAGACGCGAAUUAUAAUAACCUCCGAAUGACGUCGUAUAAGAAAACGUGUAAAACGUGAACAUUUAAAGUUUGUUGACAUAUCAAUGUUCCCAAGCGCUGAUGCAUCUACUUGUAUUCUUCCACCAUGUAACAAAUUUCUUUGAUUUAGUACCUUUCCUUUUUAUUGUACCAUGAGUCUAGGCAAGUUUAUUUGCCGACAUUUUUCACCUCUUUUCAUCUCCCCCCAUGUAUUUAAACAAAGAAAUUUGUUUUCAGAAAUUGUCAUUUUUUAUCAUUGCCUAUUCUGUCAUUUAUGUCUAAAAAUAAAAACACGAAGGAAAUUGACACAAAUUGGCAAAACCAGACAAUUUUUUCAAUUCAUUCCCCCCAUUUCACUCUCCUACAAACAGAGACUUGUUGCAAGUAAACUUGCAAUACAUUUAAGGAUUAGUCCUUUUGCCACCCACUCACUACUUUUAUUCAAACGAAAACAAACAAAUAGUUUACGAUACCCUAAAAUCAGUUUCCAUCUUGAUUAGUAUAUGGACAUAAGCCAUCCUUAUGGACACCUCAUAUUGACACACAACAACAAACAAUGGUCAAUAAGGACAAAAAACACACAAACAGCUUAUCAAUCUCUGCAGCUUUUUAGUUUAUUUCCUUUACUAAUUAGCAAACAAAUGGCAUUUAUAAAAAUACCAAAAACCUAUAAAUUAUGGGAGGAUACGAAAAACAUUAACACUUUGUCGUGGAAUAUCGGAUCGAGUGCUACAAACAACAAAGCUAGCCAUGAAUUAUACCCUGUUCGCAAAGGAUCCUGAGCAUUUGGUGAAAGUACCACAAUCAGAGGAAAUUGACAACUUUGUGGCCAUAGCUUUGCGGUUUUUAAUUCAAAAUGUCUUGCUCAAAUUAGGCGAUUCCGUUUUUCUGACAAUAUCGACAACAUCCCCAGCAACGGAACUCUGGUUUAAAGAUGUACUUGCGAAAUUGUUUGCCUCCUGGGGUUAUAUGGCCAUUCAAAUUGUUCUGCAUAACAGCAAGCGUCAAGAUGUAGUGGUACCCGGAAGGCGAUUUUGUAACAUGAUAAUGGUCGAUUCAUUUGAGAAUUUACAGCGUACCAAUAUAUCCCAGCACAACAGCCAGUAUGAUACGCAAGAGUACUACAUAAUAUUUUUACAAAUACGUGACGCCCAAAUGCCAGAGGAAAGAGCGAAAAUUCUACAAUAUUGCCUGGAUAAUUAUUGGUUACAUUGCAAUGUUAUGAUACAAAACGCAAAGGGCGAAGUUUUGAUCUACACCUAUUUUCCAUUUCAAGAGGAUGCUUGUUUCAGUAGCGAUCCAGUGCUGAUAAAUCAGUUCGAUGGUGUACGUUUUGUAAAUGACGUUAUGUUUCCGAUCAAAGUUCAAAAUCUGUAUGGUUGUCCAAUACGUAUGAAUCUUUGGGAAAUACCACCGUUUAUCUUAUUCCCCGAUAAUACAACGGAAAUUUAUACCGGCCUAGAGAUGAUAAUUUUAAAAACUCUGAGUAAACAUUUGAAUUUUACCAUCGAUGAGGAUAGUCUUGCUGAGAGAAGGGAUUUGGGUGACGAUCGAAUGGAACCAUUUAAAGUGUUACAGCGACGUGAAACAAAUAUAACUGCGGGAUUCUUUCGUCGUACCCCCGAAAGAGAUGACCUUGCUACGUCCACCUAUGUUACGUUCAGUGUACCCCUUGCUGCUGUGGUUGUACGACGAGAAAGCGGACAUGAAUCCUUGAAUGUAUUGAUAUUUCCCUUCGAUAUGCCGACCUGGGUGCUGCUCAUCAUAAGUUCCCUCAUAUUAAUAAUAAUUAAUUAUUUCCGUCAGAAAAAUGUUCGCUCUGCCAGUACUUGGCAAAUAAUUGAAUCCCUGUUGGGAUUACCGUCGGUACGAAUACCUGAAAGACUUUCACCACGAGUCACUUUCAUCAUUUGGAUGCUGUCAACAUUUGUAUUGCGCUUAGUUUAUCAGUCGAUACUAUUCUUCGUGUAUCGUACCCAAUUCUAUCGUCAACCACCGACCACUGUAAUCGAUUUUGCAGUGUCGGGCUAUCGAGCCGUGUGUACUCAACCGACAGCACCUCUCCUGACGUAUAUACCACAGUUUAUGGAUAACUCUUUGCCUUUGAUUGUCCUCAAUACCACCGAUGAAAUGGCACCCCUAAGAUAUAUAGAUAAAAAUUCGCACGAAAAUUUGGUGGCCAUCACCGUGAGAGAUUUCGUUUUUUAUUAUGUCCACACCGAAUUGACAAGGGGUCAAGUUUUUAUAUUAAUGCGAAUGAGUCUCAACGAUCAAAAGAUAACGUUUUAUGUUCCGAAGCAUUCGUAUUUGGCUGAACGUUUGGAAAACUGCAUUUUAGGUUAUCAUCAGAUGGGUUUUAUGGAACUUUGGCGCAAAUUGACAUUUGAAUCGUUUCGGGUAUCACGUUCCAGCUACUCUACUAAAUACGAAGCAGCAUUAUUAGUAAAUUUGAGGCAAAUUAUGAGUUUUAUAUGGCUUGUAGUAUUUUUGCAAUCUGCAUCCAUAGUAAUAUUUGUAUUAGAGUUAUUGUCGAAAAAGUUUGAUUUUCUAAAGAAACUUUUUUGAAUCAAAGAAAUACAAAUGUACUAAUGUUUAAUGUUGUUAUGCACUUUCCGACAUUAGAGCGCAACCAAAUACCGCUUCUACACGAAAUUUGAUGUAUUAAUUGAUUUUGAAUAAAAUUUACAGCACU